GAGACAUUCCAAUAGAGAUUGGCCUUCUUCAAAAUCUAAAAUUUCUAUAUUUGGGUGCUAAUAAGCUUUCUGGCCACAUACCAUCAAAUAUCUUCAAUAUAUCAGAGUUGCAAGAAAUUGAUUUAAGCUGGAAUAAUUUGUCAGGAAGUAUUCACUCUAAUAUGUGUCAUGGACUUCCAAAUUUACAAAUGCUACAUCUUCAGGACAAUGAAUUAUCAGGAGCCCUGCCAUCUAAUUGGAUACAAUGCAAAGAGCUCAAAGACUUACAAUUAGAAUACAACUCUUUGAUAGGUGAUAUACCAGAAGGUAUUGGAGAACUGGAUAUGCUUCAAGAGCUAUAUCUUAAUCAUAAUAAUUUACAAGGCCAUAUACCAAAAGACAUCGGAAACUUGACCGAGCUUCAAUUGUUAUAUCUUAGUGACAAUAACUUGAAAGGUGAUAUACCAGAAGAUAUUGGAAAAUUGGAUAUGCUUCAAGGGCUAUGUCUUGAUCAUAAUAAUUUACAAGGAAUUCCCUCUAAUAUAUGUCAUGGACUUCCAAAUUUACAAAUGCUAAAUCUUCAAGACAAUGAAUUAUCAGGAGCCCUGCCAUCUAAUUGGAUACAAUGCAAAGAGCUCAAAGACUUACGAUUAGAACAGAACUCUUUCACAGGAGACAUUCCUAAUGAGAUUGGUAAUCUUAAAAGCCUAAGAAUUCUAUAUUUAGAUGUCAAUCAGUUUUUUGGCCAAAUACCGUUAACUAUCUUCAAUAUAUCUGAGUUACAAAAUAUUGAUCUAAGUUGGAAUAAUUUGUGGGGAGGCAUUCCUUCUAAUAUAUGUGAUGGUCUUUCAAAAUUACAAAUUUUGUUUCUUGGAAACAACAAAUUAUUUGGAGCUAUACCAUCUAGUUGGAUACAAUGCAAGCAGCUCAAGGAGUUACAAUUAGAAGAAAACGCGUUCACAGGAGAUCUACCAGGAGGCAUUGGAAGCUUAACUAUGCUUCAAGUGUUAAAUCUUCGUUACAAUAACUUAAAAGAACAUGGAGCUACUGGAGUUGUUUCAACAAAAGUAGAUGUAUAUAGCUAUGGAAUUAUAUUAAUAGAAGUGUUCACAAGAAAAAAACCAACAGAAGACAUGUUUGCCUCAAGAUUGAACUUGAAGAGUUGGAUUCUGCAGGGAAGAACCAAAAUAUGCAACAAAAGAAGAAAGAAAAAUGCGGAGGAGAAUUUAGUUCAAGGAAGGUGAAGAGCAAUGGUCAAUAUGGAUUGUG